AUGCCUGCUAGACCCAACCCUGCAAUAACUCUUUCAGAGACCGACAAACCAGAAAAAGUUUCCGAUUACGUCCCGGACAUCCCAGAGCCAAAGAGCAGAGCCGAGCUCAUGAAGUAUUGGAUAAAUGUGUCUUUGGACGAUAAGACCGCCAAUAAGUUUUUGUGGAUUUCCGAGAGCGGGUCUAAAGUGUGUCGCAGAACCGAGGAGGUUUGUCCCGUCCUGGAUCGACCAGAGAGAUAUGAGUACUCUCCACAGGUGCUGUGCAAAGAGAGCAUCUGGAACAUGAGGGUUUACUACGAGGUGGAGUACACGGGUUGGGUGGCAAUAGGAGCCGCCUAUGAAGAAGCAGGCAGGAGGGCGAGCGCUGGGCCAAGCGGCUUAGGAGAAAAUGAGGAGUCCUGGGGUCUAUGCUGGUCAGGGACAUAUUACCAAAUCUGGUACAACGGUUUAGAAAAACGCAUAACGGAUAUCCCCUGCUGCUCCACAAUUGGAGUUUACAUCGACCAGCCUGCGGGGUUCAUUAGCUUUUAUGCCGUGUCCGGUGAAGGGGCAGAGAGGGAGGUUAGGUUAUUGCAAAAAGUUAAUACUACAGUCGGGAAAAAGAUUCUUCCAGGUUUCUGGAUGGGAAUUCAAUCCUCGUGUACGUUACUGAAGAGAACAGAAUGA